GGCUGGCAGUGACGCGGCUGGCACGGGUAUAUAAGUGUGGCAGGGAAGGCUUGAGUAAGUGUACAUUGUGUGUAACUUCUGCCAUGCACACGUCCUGGUUACUGGAGGUGGUGGCGGUGGCGGUGGUGGUGGUCGCCUCACCUGCUACAACUGAACCUAGCACUUACGGAAACAGCCCUUCGUUGAGGCGGCCGUUCCUUGGACCCUAUGGUGGCCACCCCGCAUACCACUCUCCCUUCUCCAGCCCCAUCAACCCCGGUGUCCUGUGGCCCCACUUUGCCUAUAGCCACGGCAUCCAUGAUACCUACCCAGACUUCGAGGACCAGUUCGAGCCAAGCCAAGAACCAAACCCAGUGGAUGACCUCAGCCACCAGAUACUGGAGGCACAUCGUCGGUAUCGGGAGGACUUCCAGCUGCUGCGUCGCCUGUUGCGGGAACAGCACAACCUGCUGAAGAACUCGCAGCAGGACACCGCGCAGAUCCACCCCCCAAUCUUCCGCCUCCCGCUCUACCCAGACCUCGGCACAGAGGAGGAAGAGGAGCACGCCACCUCUGACGAGCUUCCUUUUCUUGAAGAAGUGGACUAUGAGAAAGACUACGAACACGGCAGUGAGGAUGACGAGAGCAAUAUCUUCCAGGAUUCCCCCGUGCCAGGACCGGAGUGGGCCAUCAUUCCGUUCCUCCCCGAAGUGCCGGACGCGGAUGACCUGCCGGACAACUACAACAACGCCACCCACGCCAUCCACGUCGUGAACGGCUCCCGCGUGGAGGUCAACACCACGACGAACAAGGAGACGGGCGACUCCAUCACCACCUUCUUCCACACUGAGGUGAUCAACAUUCUCCCCGAAGAGGACACGAAGGCAGAGGAGCCCGAGGAAACUGUGACAGAGGAACCAGUGCUCGAUACAACACCUGAGGAGAGGGAGGUGGCGACGACACAGCCCCCGGAGGAACCACCUGCAGAAGAGGAGACGAAAAACGAGAUGCCGAUCCCUUCUGCUGAGUUGGUAGCACUCGAGGAGAUAAGGCCCCAGAGAGACGCAGCGAACCACGACCCAGCCAGCAAACCAGUGGCGCUUCGCUCAGCCUCCUACUCGAAGCUACCCAGUGACGACCCAGGCAAGGGCAAGGAGGACAAAGACGCCAAACCCAAGGACCUGAGUGGCGAUACCUUAGUGAACCAGCUCUCCAAGGACACCAAGGACGGCAGUGAUAAGGAGCCAGACGCUGAGGUUUUGCUUUAAGUGCUGGUGAUUUGGGGAUAGUGAAGUUUAGGGGUUCUGAAACGCUUACUAUCGCAUCCCCACUAUUUUCCAAAGGCUCUAGUUGGAGUGAUGCGGAUUUUUAAGAGUGUUUUUAAGGUUCUAGUGACGGACUGACAAGAUUUCUCGGCUAAUCGUCUUUGUGGGCUUUGAAAAUAGUUGUGGUGAAGCUACACAGGUUUUUUUUUUGAGUGUUUUUAUUGUUCCGGUGAGAGAUUGAUUAGAUUUAUACCUUAUUAACCGGAGAAACACUCUUGAACACCCGGUUAAUCGUUUUUGCGGCCUUUGGAAAUGGUCGUGGUGAGAGCAAAGUGUUUCAGAAUGCGUGGUUAAGAAUGAAACAGUGGGUAAUGUGAUGCUUCUUUGAAAAUACUCAUGUUAUUACUUGGAAUAAUGUUUUCUAUUUCCUUUUGAGUGCUUUUAUUUAAUUUAAGUUCAAGCUCUCCUUUUUUAUGGCAUUAGAGAUUGGUGGAGUCCUAAUAUCACCUAAAAAUAUUAUAUAAGGCAAAAAUGUUGUUACUAGUAGAGGAAACAAUGAAGAAAUGAAGGCGAUGA